ACAGAAUAAUAGUAAUAGUUACCUCUUACAUCAAAUGUCUCUUGCAAAGCAUAGUCAUAUAGGUCUCGCUUCUAUGUUUGAGAAUUUGCACAGUUUUUGAAAUGUUACUGAAAACGCGAAGCUGAGAGAAGAGGAAGAAAUCGAAAGAAGCUGAUUCAAAUUUGGGAAGAAAAAUGUCAGGUUCGAGAGUUUCGGAUCUGAGUAAAUUGCAUCUGAAGAAGGAGCUUACUCAAAUCAGAAAAGCUGGCCGUGUUUUACGCGAUCCAGGCACUACUUCCUCGUGGAAAUCUCCUCUCGAUUCGUCAAGAUCCGUCACGGUUUUCGAGACUCCGGUGAGUAGAAACGGUGGGAGUUCGAGUCAGUUUCCGAUUCGAGGAGAGAGUAGUACUAAUCGUGGGAAAGAGAAGAAGGUGUUUUUGUAUAACUGGAAGACUCAGAAAUCUUCUAGUGAGAAAAGUGGAUUAGCUAAGAAUGGUAAGGAAGAAGAAGAAGAAGAAGAUGCUUCUUCUUGGACUCAAGCUAGUGUUAAUGAUGAUGAUGAUGUGAGUGAUGCGAGGAAUGGUGGUGAUUCCAAGAGUGAUUCAUAUCUUGGAGAUAUCCAAUCAGCUUCGAUGGGUUUUAGGUGUAGAGAUACGAAUCUAGCGUCACAAGGUGUGUCAAAGAUGAGGAAGAGUAAUGUUGGUAGUUGUAAGAAGAAGAGUAAGCAAAAAAUUAGCUCGUCUCGUUUGGAUUUUUUGUCAAAGUAUCAACCUAGAGAUGGCAUUGUUGCUAGAAACUGUAAUGCUGGAUCAGAUGAUACAGAGGAAGAAUUGAGUAAUUCAGAGGAUUUUAGGAAGGUUACUGGUGCAUCUCCUUUGCUUAAGAAGCUGAAGCAGAAGAACUGGUCACGUUCUUCUUCUAAAUUGUUGAGAGCUAAUAAUAGAAAAGAGGAUUCUUCAUGUACUUAUAAUAGUACACCGGCUCUAUCCACUAGCUCGUAUAAUAUGUAUGCUGUUCGUAAUCCAAGCACUGUUGGAUCUUGGGAUGGUACCACGACUUCGCUGAAUGAUGGUGAUGAUGAGUUGGAUGAUAACUUGGAUUUACCUGGGAGGCAAGGUUGUGGCAUUCCGUGUUAUUGGACGAAGAAGGCGAUGAAACAUAGAGGUGGAUGCAGAAGUUGUUGUUCUCCAUCGUUUUCGGAUACUUUGAGAAGAACCGGAAGUAGCAUUUUGUGUCGGAGUCAAUCUGUAUAUCGUAGACAUAAUAGACAUUCUUCUGGAGGGUAUAGUAAACAAAAAAUUGCUUGUAGAAGUGCACAAGGUGUUUUACCUUUACUCACAUAUGGUGGUGAUGGUAGAGGAGGGUCUUCUUUAGGAACCGGGCUUAGUGAUGACGAGCUUUCCACCAAUUACGGAGAGCUUGAUUUAGAGGCUCAGAGUAGAUUAGAUGGGAGGAGGUGGUCUACUAGUUAUAGGAGUCAAGAUGGUUUGGAGGCUGUAGCGUUAGAUGGAGAAGGAGAAGACGGAAGUACACCGGAAACAAUCCGAAGUUUCAGCCAAAAGUACAGACCAAUGUUUUUUGAGGAAUUGAUUGGACAGAGUAUAGUGGUUCAAUCGUUAAUGAACGCUGUAAAAAGGAGUAGGAUCGCUCCUGUUUAUCUUUUCCAGGGUCCUAGAGGAACUGGUAAAACAUCAACCGCAAGAAUUUUUUCAGCCGCCCUAAAUUGUGUGGCCACUGAAGAAAUGAAGCCUUGUGGGUACUGUAAAGAGUGCAAUGAGUUCAUGUCUGGGAAAAGUAAGGAUUUUUGGGAACUUGAUGGAGCUAAUAAGAAGGGAGCUGAUAAGGUUCGGUACCUUUUAAAAAACCUACCAACGAUACUUCCACGGAAUUCCUCAAUGUACAAGGUUUUUGUGAUAGACGAGUGUCAUUUGCUGCCAUCGAAGACUUGGCUGUCUUUUCUUAAGUUUCUUGAGAACCCUCUGCAGAAAGUUGUCUUCAUAUUUAUAACAACUGACCUUGAAAAUGUUCCUCGGACCAUUCAGUCAAGGUGCCAGAAGUUCCUCUUUGAUAAACUCAAAGAUUCUGACAUAGUAGUGAGACUAAAGAAAAUUGCUUCAGACGAAAAUCUUUAUGUAGACUUGCAUGCGUUGGACCUGAUUGCUAUGAACGCAGAUGGCUCACUUCGAGAUGCUGAAACUAUGUUGGAGCAGCUGAGUUUGCUGGGAAAACGCAUCACCACUGCUCUAGUAAACGAGCUAGUGGGUGUUGUUUCAGAUGAAAAAUUGUUGGAACUCUUGGAAUUAGCAUUGUCUUCUGACACGGCAGAGACCGUGAAGCGAGCUAGAGAGUUGUUGGACCUUGGAGCUGACCCAAUAGUCUUGAUGUCUCAACUCGCCAGUCUUAUCAUGGAUAUCAUUGCUGGUACAUACAAGGUCGUAGAUGAAAAAUUCAGCAACGCCUUCCUUGACGGAAGAAACUUGACUGAAGCAGAUAUGGAGGGAUUAAAGCAUGCUUUGAAACUUCUUUCUGAGGCUGAGAAGCAGCUUCGAGUUUCUAAUGACCGUUCAACAUGGUUCACAGCGACUUUGCUUCAGCUUGGGUCAAUGCCUUCCCCUGGCACCACACAUACAGGAAGUAGUAGAAGGCAAAGCUCUAGAGCAACUGACGAUGACCCGUCAAGCAUUUCAAGGGAAGUGAUGGCUUACAAACAAAGAAUAGGAGGGCUUCACUUUAGUAAGUCAGCAUCCCCAGCUUCGGUUAUAAAAAGGAACGGGAAUCAUUCCCAUGAAGCGAAAGCAUUCUCCAGGGUUAUCGAUAAUAACUGCUAUAAAUCCUCCUCAUCUAGCCAAGUUAUAGAGAGCGAAGCUUCCGUUGCCUCACAUGAAAAUAGCAUCGCAAGCACCAUGAUGCUUAAUCAAAGAAGUUCAGAGAAACUUAACGAUAUAUGGAGAAAAUGUAUUGAAAGAUGUCACUCCAAGACACUGAGGCAGCUGCUCUAUACUCAUGGGAAACUUAUAUCUAUCAGUGAAGUUGAAGGUAUUCUAGUUGCUUAUAUCGCGUUUGGAGAAUCCGAUAUUAAAUUGAGAGCGGAAAGGUUUUUAAGCAGUAUCACAAACUCGAUCGAAAUGGUACUAAGGCGAAGCGUAGAGGUCAGGAUAAUCCUCUUGCCUGAAACCGAGUUACUCGUCGUCCCUCACCAAACCCGGAAACCAGAAAUGACCAACAAAAGUGGGCAUCUAAAUAAUAUCGCUGGUAUAAAUGCUGAAUCAGAUGUUGAAGUUGGUAGCAGCGAGGAAAGCAGAUCAAAACUCCCAAUGCAAAGGAUAGAAUCGAUCAUCCGAGAACAAAGAUUAGAAACCGCGUGGUUACAAACCGCUGAUAAAGACACACCUGGAUCGAUAAUACGGGUAAAACCCGAAAGAAAUCAGAUUCUACCUCAAGAAGACACUUAUCGCCAACCUAACGUAGCUUCUGCUAUUUCUUCUUCUGGACUAACCACUCACCAUUGGGUAGAUGAGUUAAACAAUGAAGUGAAGCUUUUGAAAAUCGGCGACAAUGGUGAGCUUCAGGAGAAUCUAACUGGUACAAGAGGACAGCAUUGUCCUCUUUCCCCAAGCUUACUUCAUGAUACUAACUUUGGAAACAACAAAGACAAUCUAGGAGGAUACGAAUCAGGAUCAGGAAGAGUUGGUUGUAAUAUAUUAUUUUGUUGGAACACAAAAAAGACUCAGAGACGAAGCAAGUCGAAACAGGUUAAAGGAACUCCUGUUCGUUCCCGGAGAACUCGGAAGAGCCGAUUCUCUCUGUUUAAUGGAUGUGCUAAGCCAAGGAAAGCAGAAGGUAACAUUAGAAGAUGAAACUAAGUACUUAAGUCAUGAAAAACAAAAUUGUUCCCUCAAGCUCUAAUUUAUCAUAUGUUCUUCCACUUCCACAUAGUUUUUCCUUAAUUCUGUUUGAUAAUGAUAUGUCAAAGGACAGUUUUAAUUUAAUCACUGUAAAGUUCUUAUCCUAUGGGUUUCAACAAGUCCAUUUUUGUUAUCUAUCUUAUAAAACUUCAAAAAUGUU